AUGCGUUUCUCUGCUGCCACCGUCGCUCUCUUCGCCAGCCUUGUUGCUGCCAUCCCCCAGGAUGUCGAGACUGUCUACUCCACUGAGGACGUGACCGUCGUCUCCUGCGCUCCCACCGUCACCAACUGCCCCGGUACCCUGCACGCCACCUCCACCCCCGAGGCCGUCGCUGCUGCCACCACUGGCGGUGCUGAGGGUGUCUCCCCCGUUGGUGUCACCAGCGCUGUCCCUGAGGCUCCCUCCGCCACCCCCGCUGCCGGCAGCUCCCCUGCUGGUGGUGCUGGUGCUGGUGUUGUUCCCUCCGGUGCUGCUCCCUCUGGUGCUGCCCCCAGCGCUGUUCCCUCCGGUGCUGCUGCCGUCGGUGGUGGCGCUGGCACCACUGCUGCUCCCCAGGUCACCGUUAUCCCCGUGACCACCUGCGUCCCCACCGUCAUCAUGUCCACUAGCACCAUCGGUGGUGGCUCCGGUGCCGGUGCCUACGGCUCUGGCUACCCCAGCGGCAAGCCCGCCAAGUCUUCCUCCCCUGUCAUCCCUAGCGGUGCUGGUGCCUACGGCUCUGGCUACCCUAGCGGCAGUGCUACCCCCUCUCCCUCUUCUGCUCUCUACACCGGUGCCGCCAGCUCCGUCAACGGCAACGGCUUCGCUUUCGCUGGUGCCGCCGCCGCCGCCGCUUUCUUCCUGGCUUAG